AUGGCCUACGCUGGUAGCAUCCUCACCGAUCGGCACGGAGUGCCGCAGUAUAGCGGCGAGGCAGAGCUUUUUGAGGAAUAUGAAGAACGAGCUUGGGAUUUGUUCCACGGCCGUGAAGGCCAGGACGCACUUCAGAUCGCCACCCCUGUCCAUCUUCGAGCAGGUCUCUCCGGCGCAGCCUAUGAGUCGGUCCGGAAGCUAGAGCAUCCAAAGCUGAAGACGAAAACCUCAGAGGGAAAACCAACGGAUGCCGGGAUGAAGUUGUUCAUCCAAACGCUGAAGGACAGCAUAGCAGCCGAGCUCCCUGUCAAGACGAGUGAACUGUUCUUCCAAGCCUUCUACUCCCCGAAUGUCUGGAGGAAGAACAACGAGACGAUGCAGCAGUACAUCGUUCGACGGGAGCAGGACUUUCGAAGGUUGGAGGAGAACGCGACUGGAACCUCCGUCCCUGAGCAGAUCCGGGCGAUGAUGCUCCUAUGUUUUGGAGGCCUGGAUCCCAAGGAACAGACAAGCAUCCUGAGUUCCUGCAACAACACGUACGAGUUCCAGAAGAUCGCACACGCGAUGAGGAUCCAGUACCCCAACUCUGCCGGCAAGCCCGUGAUCCGACGAGAUUAUCUUGGUGCACGCAGCUCAGGCCAACCUCUCCAGUCACAGCACUUCCGGGCCAA